AUGGGUGACAAGAGUCAGGAAGUUCACCAUGCCGAAGCCAACGGCAACUUUGAUCGGGCCUGGAGGGACGAGCAAUGGGGAGACAAGGCCCUGGCGACGGCGGCUCGCGAUGUCACGCAGGAUGAAAAGGAAAUGACGAUCAUUCAAGCCAUUAAACUUCACAAGAAGGCCAUAUUCUGGAGCUUGGCUAUAUCGUUCUGUGUUGUCAUGGAAGGUUACGACACAAACCUCUUGGGCAAUUUCUACGCCUACCCUUCUUUCCAAAAAAAGUUUGGGCAUUAUGUGGGCGUCUCUGAACAGAUACCAUCAGGGUAUACUCUCACAGCCGCAUGGCAGACUGGCUUGGGCCAGGCUUCAGGGGUUGGGUCCAUCUUUGGAACGAUCAUCAAUGGGUGGCUUGUCGCAGCUUUUGGCCCAAGAAAGGUGGUUUUGUACACGCUGUGUGUCAUGUCUUGCUUCCUUUUCAUUGUUUUCUUUGCUCCAAGCAAGCCUGUCCUCCUAGUGGGCCAGAUUUUGCUCGGGUUCGAAUGGGGAAUUUUCGCCACAACUGCUCCGGCAUAUGCUUCUGAAGUGCUUCCCAUUCAGCUUCGUGUGUACUUCACAUCCUGGACAAAUAUGUGUUUCAUCAUCGGACAGCUAAUCAGCGCCGGAGUCUUGCGAGGCAUGGUCCACGAUAGCUCAGUGUGGGGCUACAAGGUCCCCUAUGCGCUUCAGUGGAUGUGGCCCGUCUUCUUGAUUCCUCUCAUCUACUUUGCCCCCGAGUCUCCCUACCACCUGGUCCGCCAUAACCAGCUCGAAGAGGCCGAGAAAUCCAUCAGGAGACUCCAAGCGCCUCACGCACAGCUGGACCCCAAGCGAACUUUGGCACAAAUUGUGUAUACCAAUAAUCUCGAGGAACAACUCUCCAUCGGAACCAGCUAUCAUGACUGCUUCAAGGGGUUCGAACUUCGCCGCACUGAAAUUGCCUGUACCGUCUUCGCUGGUCAACUACUCUGCGGCUCCUGCUUUGCGUAUGCAUCAACUUACUUCUUCCAACAAGUGGGCUUAGACACCGACGCAACCUACUCUCUGGGACUCGGUGCCAACUCCAUGGCCCUGUUUGCAUGCUUCUGCAAUUGGUUCUUCUUGAUGCCACGCUUUGGUCGCCGCACCAUCUGGCUCUGGGGCAUGUGCGGUAUGGCCGUCGAGCUCUGCAUCAUUGGUAUUCUCAACCCCUGGACGCACAAGAAGUCUGUAGGCUGGACCCAAGCCAUUAUGACCCUGGUCUGGACUUUUACAUUCCAACUCUCGGCAGGGCAGUUGGGCUGGGCUCUGCCUGCGGAGGUUGGCUCCACGCGCUUGAGGCAAAAGACUGUCUGUCUGGCGCGAAACGCUUACAGCAUCUGCAGCGUCAUCGGAAGUACACUGGAGAACUACAUGAUGAACCCCACGGCGUGGGAUCUUCGUGGAUACACCGGCUUUUUCUGGGGUGGUUGGGCCUGGAUCAUUUUGUUGUGGUCUUAUUUCCGACUACCUGAAACCAAGGGACGAACAUUCCAUGAACUCGAUAUCCUCUUUGCGAAAAGGGUACCAGCUCGGAAGUUCGCAACUACCGUUGUCGACGGGUUUGAUGAGCACGAGCAGAACCAACUGGCGGAGCGCUACUCUGUGAGCGGUCAACCAGGCAAGCGGGCCUCUCUCGUUCCGUCUGUGACGAACUUCCUCGCAUCGCACGGCCGAGCUGAGGACGCCGCCGCCCAGCGCAGAGCCAGCAUGACGGCUUCGGGUCAGAACUCCCGACGGCCAUCUAUCGCUCCUGCUGUCACAGACUACCUUAAGACCCACUGA